CCUUUCAAGUCCUUGGUAAGGUUUGUGUGACCUUCUUCGGUGUCUUGGCUCAGCUGUAUUCAUUCUCCUGUGCUCAGUUUGUAUGCAUGUGUCUGUGAAUGUAUAUGUGUGUGAGUGUGUAUUGAACUUCAUGUGUUGAGCUGGAUUAGCCUCUUCUGUAUUGUGCAUCUAGUGCUGAGAAUACUCAACUGGGCUGCUGUGAAGCAUUGGCUCUUGAGGGACAAUGGUGUGGGUCAAACUCAGAGUCUCUCUCUUGCUCCUUCUGCUGGCUGUGAGAUGCGUAGCACUGGAAGAACCCAAGAAGAAUGAAUGUGUUUGUGGACAUCCAGGAAUACCAGGAGACCCAGGCCACAAUGGAAUGCCAGGCCGAGAUGGACGAGAUGGGUUCAGAGGUGACAAAGGUGAUCAAGGUGAAAUCGGCAUCACUGGACCAACUGGACAGAGUGGCCCCAAAGGAGACAAAGGGGAGCUGGGUACAGCUGGUCUGGCAGGAAUUAAGGGCAGACGGGGUGAGAAUGGAGAGAAGGGGCCACCGGGGAAGAUGGGGCCCCAAGGAGUCUCAGGGCCCAUGGGCCUAAAGGGCCAGAAGGGGGAGCUCGGGUUACCAGGAACCCAGGGACCGAAAGGGGAUUUGGGGCCUCUGGGACCUGAAGGGCAGAAGGGGGAGAUCGGGCUCCAGGGAGACCGAGGCAUCCAGGGGCCCUUGGGAACUCCAGGCCGACCAGGACCAAAGGGAAACCUCGGGCCCCCAGGGUUCAAAGGCAACAUUGGUUACCGCGGAGAGCGAGGGAAUCUUGGCGAGACAGGGGAGAAGGGAGAGAAGGGGGACACAUUCUUAAUCCCAAAAAGCGCAUUCUCAGUGGGUCUAACCGAAUAUACCAAACUCCCACCGGCUAAUGCACCGAUCAGGUUUGACAAGGUGAUUUACAACCGGCAGGACCAUUAUGACCCACAGACCGGACGGUUCACCUGCGUGGUGGCUGGGGCCUACUACUUUACCUACCACAUCACUGUGUUCUCCCGUAAUGUAAAAGUAGCAUUAGUGAGAAACGGGGUGAAGGUGAUCCACACCAUGGAUAACUACCAGAGCAGUGAGGACCAGGCAGCAGGCGGAGCUGUGCUGCACCUGGAGAAAGGGGACAAGGUGUGGCUGCAGGUGGCUGGAGGAGAGCUCUUCAACGGGCUGUUUGCUGAUGAAGAUGAUGAUACAACCUUCUCUGGGUUCCUUCUCUUUGGUGCAGAAUAGGGGUUAGGUCCACAUGGCUCAGUGAAAUAACACGGGAAAGUUCCAAUACUGUAUUACCACCUGUUACAUAUGACAUUAAUAUCUUAUUUUUACCUUUAUUUAGCUAGGCAAGUCAGUUAAGAACAAAUUCUUAUUAUGACGGUUCAGGGGCAGAAUGACAGAUUUGUACCUUGUGAGCUCGGGGAUUUGAACUUGCAACCUUUCAGUUACUAGUCCAACGCUCUAACCACUAGCCCCAAUAUGAUGUUAAGAUGGCUUUAAUAUGUCGUUCACAUGACGUUAAUAGCCUAUCGUGUACAGUAAUUUUAGGCAAUGACAAAAGCAUUGUUUAAAUGCUUUUUUAUCAAAUACGAACAUAAACGAAACAACAAUUGUGUCUAAUAUUUUGAUGCUGCAACGGAUUUUGCCUAUCAUUUAAGAUCAUCUCUCUGAUAACUCAGCAAACUAUGACAGAUUUCCUGUGACAUGUGUUCUUGUAUCUUGUUUGAUUUCAAUAAAAUGUCAUACACUGUAAACAA